AUGACGUCGGUGCCGGGCGUGAUGCCGUGCGCGCGCGCGACGACGGGCGCGACGACGGGCGCGCGCGCGCACGUGAGUCGGUCGCGCGUCCACGCGGGCGCGGCGCGGCGGGCGGUGCGCGCGCACGCAAAGGGUAAGGGAAAAAGUAACCGCGAGGGGAGCGGGGCGAAGAUGAUGUCGCAGGUGGAGCAAUUCAUGCCGCCGAUCGAUCCGGAUAACGAGCAGUUCGUGAUCUACGUGCGAUCGAAGCGUGGGCUCAAGGCGUGGUAUCCGUUGAACGUGGUCACGGGCGGGAGCGCGGCGAAUACGCUGGUGAAGGGGUUGGACAACGACAUGUCCAGGGAGAUGGCGCAAAAGUCGCUCCAGCAAAACAUCGGGAAAGCCAUCUACAAGGACUUCGAGGCGAUCGAAAAGGUCGCGCGAACGAUGCCGAUGCUCAAGCAAGCGAAGGAGAUCGAAUACGGGUUCGCGGUGUUGGACAAGAAGAACCCGCGAUCGAUGUUCUCGCCGGCGUCGGGCUCGGUCAUGAUGAUCCCGAGCGAGGAGGACUGCGAGACCCCGGCGGAUAAGUUCCAAGAAAUGGGCGACAACUUGAAGAAGAUGUUCGGACAACAGUAG